AUUUUCCAUGCCGCAUGCUCUUGUACAAGAUUGGGUGCACAGUCCGAAACCAAGUUAGGGGAGCCUCCACCGCUGCAUAGAAUACUACAUGCCUAUUAUAUUGAGGGUGGUCCAGACAGACGCAGUCAUGCCUGAAGGUCCGGAGCUCCAUCUAUCUUCGCUGUUUAUCAAGAGAGUGAGUGAUUCAAAAUCAUUCAUCGGCAAAAUUGUGGAGCGGCUGCCCGCCAACAGAGAGCCAAGGCUGGUGGAUUUCAACAAACGCCUCGGUGACAACGCGUGUUACACUCUGACGUCAUGGUCUCGAGGGAAAGAGCUUAUGUUGACAGUGAAGCCACUUAAAUCGAAAUGCCCAAAUGCAUCCUACAAACCGGAGGAAUGGACAAUUCGCUUCAAUUUUGGAAUGACUGGGUGCUUCAAAUUCACGAAGACUGCUGACACACCCAAGCAUGCCAAAGUGUGCUUCCGCACGGCCGGCGAGCCGUCCUACACGCUGAGCUUCGUGGACAUGCGCGGCUUCGGCCGGUGGGUAGCGAGUCCCGAGUGGUCGAAGGACCGCGGCCCGUGCAUCCUGCAGGAGGCCGACCUCUUCCGUGCCAACGUGCUCGACAAUCUGGCCGUCUCCGUCUUCAACAAGCCUAUAUGCGAGGCCAUGCUGGAUCAGCGCUACUUCAACGGGGUCGGCAACUACCUGCGCGCUGAGGUCCUGCACAGGCUGUCUGUACGCCCGUUUGAGAGCGCGCGGGACGUGCUGGCGCCGCUGCCGCUAGAGCUGAAGGUGGGUCAGACGGACGUGCUGCACAUGUGCCACCAGCUGGCCACCGAGGUGGUCACCAUGGGCGGCGGUAAACGCUACGACGUGCAGCUGGAGGCGCUGGAACCGCAGCCGGCCAUCAAGAAGGAAGAAGGGGAUGAGGUUGACGCAUUCGAGGCCUGGCUGCAGUGCUACUACCAGCCCGGCAUGAAGAAUCUGGUGGAUAAUAACGGCAGGACGAUAUGGUUCGCAGGCAGCCCUGGGCCACGAGCGCCUAAAGAUGGUAAAGCUCGCCAUUCGCCGAAGAAAAGGGCUUCGUCCAAGGCUCCGAAGUCCAAGAAGCGAGGGGAGGAAAACAAUGAGGAUGCCCUCGUGGAAAGAGGUGCCAAAACAGCAGCGGGCAGAAGGACGAAGGCGGCUAGCAACUCGCGUAAAAGGACUUCGUCAAUGGUGCCGAAGUCCGAGGAGCCUGAGUAUUCGGAUCGAGCCAAGAACCUCGUGAACAAACGUGCCAAGGUCUCAUCGCGCGAAAAUACUAAGACCCCGCAUAAAAUAAGCGACCCUGAGAAGAGCACGCGUGCGGCUAGGCGGACUAAGAAGUCGGCCUCGUGCGAGGAGACGCCAGCGGUUCUUUGCAGUAGACACUCGGGGGCGGUGUUGAGUCCCGCACUAGGGUGCUGGGAGCUGAGGCUGCUGUAG